AUGGAAUCAGUCAUUGCAAACCCUAAGAACUAUGCUGUCUCCCAAUUGCCACCGUCUGGUGCUGAGAGAGAAGCUUGUAUAUCCAUUGAUCCCGAAGGUUUCUUCCUGCGCCCUCCACCGACACCUCACCAUCUAUCAUCCUUCAUCACACCAGAUGACCAGCUAUUCCAAACCAUACAUAUGGGCGCUGCGGUAGUCGAUGAAGCAAAGUGGCUGCUGGUAGUCAACGGCCUUGUUCGGAAACCAUUCGCCCUCUCCUUGGCGCAGCUCAAGGCGUUGCCUCAGACAUCCGUUACGUGCUUUCACGAAUGCUAUGGAAGUCCGCUGAAACCACCAACGAGUAAUCCUUGGCGUAUUGGUAAUGUGGUAUGGACGGGCGUUCGAUUGUCGACUAUCCUCGCUCUUGCAGAGCCUCUUCCUGAAGCACAGUUUGUCUGGUCAGAAGGUCUUGAUCGUGGAAAGUUCUUUGAGUACGAGGCAGACCGUUAUCAGAAGGACUUACCGGUGACAAAGGCACAACGGCCUGAGGUACUUCUCGCAUGGAAGAUCAACGGCGAGCCACUCAGUAAAGAACGAGGCGGACCGGUGAGACUCGUUGUACCGGGUUGGUUUGGUACCAAUUCGACAAAGUGGCUUUGCAGGCUUUCGUUGCAGGAGACUCGUGCCCCUGGUCCUUUUGCUGCUGUUCUUUACAACGAGAAGGACCCAGCAGAUCCCGAGGGAGUGAGAAUGCGGCCGGUAUGGGAGGUCGAAGUGAACUCGAUGAUAACGAAGCCUGCGGACUCAGAAGUCAUCUAUGCAGGGUUGGUAACGGUGGAAGGUUGGUCUUGGAGUCAUGAAGGAGUAGCACUGGUAGAGGUUAGUAAAGAUGAAGGACUUAAUUGGAAUCGAGGAAAGGUAGAUGACAAAGAAGAUCAGGCUUGGCAAAAGUUCACUGCCGAGGUUGAACUCGAGCCUGGUGUUUGGAAGCUGAUUGCCAGGGCAACUUCUGAAAGUGGGAUGAAGCAGCCUUUAACUGGAAGACGGAAUCAUGUCCAUAGCGUUACGGUAAAUGUCAAGUAA